GGGCCUUUCUGGACCAUUGAGAGACCCUCACAUGAUAGCUUAAGCAAAUGCUAAGAAGCAUCUGGUGGAGUUUCCUCCAAUUCAUCUGAGCAGGGCAGGGUUGUGGUGUGGUACUGACAAACAAAGCAGCUGAUCUGCUGCUGCUGCUGCUGCUGCUGCUCCUCCUCCUCCUUAGUCUCUGACAGCUCUCCUUUGGGAGGAGGUUAGUCAGACAAGCCUCGCUUAAACUCCGAUGCAGAAGCUCCAUUUCACGAGCAGGAGAACUUUUACCACUUCCAGGGCGCUUUCCUCUAGGUGAGCAUCAACCCAUUUUAAGAAAUAGAUGUGAAAACCGGGCAGCAGCAACAGUUCAAUGCUAUAUGAUUUCAAGUACUGAUAAUCGUAUAAAACAAACGUAGAGAUAGUGAAAUGGCAGAAUAAAAAAUAUGUCUGCUGAGCUAACGGACUGCAGAACAUAGGGAUUCUUCCAGAAGAGGUGAUGGACAAUAACACUCAGAACUGCACCAUUAAUCACAACAUACACCAGAUGUUGUCGCCUGUGAUAUAUAUACUUGUCUUUGUAGUAGGACUCCCAGCCAAUUGUCUCUCACUGUACUAUGCUUACUUGCAAGUUAAGGUCAAGAAUGAACUAGGAAUAUACCUUUGCAAUCUAACCGUAGCCGAUCUGCUUUACAUUUUCUCUUUACCUUUUUGGCUCCAGUAUGUUUUGCAGCAUGACAACUGGACUUACAAUGAACUCUUGUGCAAAAUUUGUGGCAUCCUCCUUUAUGAAAACAUUUAUAUCAGUGUGGGUUUUCUCUGCUGUAUCUCCAUUGACCGUUACCUUGCACUGGUGCAUCCUUUUCGUUUCCAUCAGUGUCGUACAAUGAAGGCUGCUGUGGUGGUGAGCACUGUCAUCUGGACUAAAGAAAUUGUGACUUGUUUGCUGGUUUUUAGACAUGGAGAAGUGAGUAAAGACUCGGAGAGCCACGUAGUGUGCUUUGAGCAUUAUCCCAUAAAAAUCUGGGAACAUAACAUAAACUUUUACCGUUUCACAGCUGGUUUCCUAUUUCCAUUUUGCCUCCUUAUUUUUUCCUACUAUGGAAUUCUACGUGUUGUCCGGAAGAGCCACGGCACUCAGAAAAAGAGGAAAAUUCAAAUUAAACGCCUAGUUUCAAGUACAAUCUUAAUUUUCUUAAUUUGCUUUGGACCAUAUCAUGUUCUUUUGUUAAUACGCAGCCUAUUUGAGAACAGCUGUGAAUUUGCUGCCAGAAUCUUUAACAUCUAUCAUAUUUCUCUUUUGUUGACCACUUUUAAUUGUGUUGCAGAUCCCAUACUAUAUUGCUUUUCAAGUGAAAAUACCUACCAGGAUUUUGCCAAAAUAGGAGGAUCUUGUUUAAAAUGCCUAAGAUGUAUUCCAACAGAAAACAAGGAAUCCUAUCCAUUAAAUACUCCAGAAACCAAGAAAAAAGACAGCGAACAAGCUGAUCUGAACACAGGAUUGGUUAAAUGAACUCGUUAUUCAUAAAAUAGAAGUAUGAACUCUUUCUCACCCAAAGAUGAUGUAAACUCUCCAUGCAUGGAUUUGUUCACUUCACUUUUUUACAUCUAAAUGUAGCUAUGAGAAUCAUUAUAGCCUGUAAAAUGGUUCAUAAUGUAAAAAUACAAUAAAAUCUGCUAUACUGGCAUUCUUUCCAUGUGGGGAAUUCCUUUUUUCCUUUAAAAGAAUCAGCUUCAUUCAAUUCAGAACAUGACCCCAAUGUGUUAGUUAUGCAAACUAUAUUAACUUUGAAGUUUAUAAGCUAUUCAGACACAUGCUCUUUGGAUAAAAAUAAUAUUCUAGAUUUUAAUAGUGUAUUCUUGAAAAGUAGAUGUCAAAAUAUAUUUUUAUAAUCAUGUGUUAAGUCUAGCAACUAGUGUGUGUGUCACAGUGUCUGAAAUUUUUCAGAUCCCUUCUGCUAUAUGAGGUAAAUAGUUACAUGGUUCACACAUUGUGCUAAGCAAAUGGUAGUGUUUUCAAAAAAUAGCCACACCAAAUUUUAUCUCAGUAUCUUGUGAAAACCCAGCUUAUAUGGUUAGUUUAUAGUUAGGAGUGUCAUGCAAACCUACACAACUAGGUUAAUUUUUAAUACUCCACAACUAGAUCAAUUAUUAUUAGUAGACUAAUGUAAACAUAAUACAGUUUAUUUGGUUUCAGCUCAGUCUAUUGUAUGAACAUAGAUUUAUUCCUGGCCAAUAUUGGAACUCAAGUCAACUGAAGCUUAUUUAAAAACUACCUUAAACAAACAAUGCCAUUGCAAGAUAUGUGGAGAAAAAAUUAAAUGCCUGUCUUCAGGGGCAUUUAAGAAAAAAUAGUAUUUAUUUACAAUCAGUAUUAUUUCUUCAUUAUACUAUUAAUGCAGAAUAAACAGCAAAAGUUAGUUUUGUAACAUUUGUACAUAUUCUUUGGAUUAUGUGUAAGGAAUUAAUUUGAGAACUGCCAAACAAGCUUUAGCAGUAAUCUUAUGUUUGUAAAUGUUUGAACUAAAAUGUUACAUUGUUAAUUCAAACACUUCAGAUAUGCUUAGAUCAGAAUUAUUGUGGAUUUCGCAAACAAAAGCAAUGAAUAUUAGGAAUUUUAAAACAGUAAAAAAAAUGGGAGGUAUUAAUGCUUCUAUAUUAAUCUUUGUUAAGUCAAACUUGUUAAAUCAUGUGGUCCAAUAUAAAUGCAAAUAGUUCACAGAAUAAAAACUGAAUCUGAAAUGAAUUACAUACAUUGCUAAAAUAUAUUCUGCACCAAAAAAGACUGACUUUGUCUGGAUCAACAAUUUAUUAGUAGUUUUAUGCAACAAAAUUCUAUACGAAGCCAAGUAGCUAAACCUGCAUUUAUCUGUUGAUUAUAUUUUGCUUACAGUAGUUCUUUCUCCAAUUUAUUCUGACCCUAAUGUGCUUCUUAUGUCAGGGAGCAAAAUUCUCUGAAUGCAAUAAUAUUGAGUCAAAAUGAAUACCCAAAAGUUUGGCAUUUGUUAUUGCAACAGAAAUGGUCAUGGUACCCUAAAACAGAAAUAGCUGAAGAUGAUUAAAACUUUGAUCUGACUGCAGUAUAGCAAUGAUUAAAGCAAGAAGUCAUAACUUAGCCUCUAUGUCAUAUAGUUGUAGGAGGUCCAUUUUAAGCAUUCUUAUAGAAAACAUUAAUUUUAAGUAGUUGGAAAUUGCAUCCGUUUGUAAUUUAAUUUAAUCUCAUUGAUCUAAUUGAGUUUAUUGGAAUAUGCUCAGUUAUAAGUUUACAGAAUCACAACUAAUUUUCUAUUACUAAAUUUGCAUUCACCAAUCAAAAUAACUUCAAGAGCUGUAACAAAAAUGUCCAAUUCCCAGCCCAGAAUUUAAGUGGACCUCUGUCAUCACAUAAUAAAAGUGUAUAUAAAAUAUUUUUUAAUGGGCUGUUUUGGAGGCAAUGAAGUGAGCUGUUAAUAUAUUUCCUUCCUUCCUUCCU